AUGGAUGACGAUGUUAUCUCAAUAAACUCUGAUGACUCUGGGACCGAACCUCAAGUCAAUGAACGUCGCGCGAUCCUCGAGCCGGCUAUCCGGAACGUCGUCGAUGCGCUGGGAGGUUAUGAGGGAGGCGUGUAUCGAAUGGGAGACGAGGCGUUGGGCUGUUUGAAGGAUUUGAAGAAGUUUUGGCGCAAAGAUGAUACGGAUGACGACCGCACUGUCGCCCGUAUCCUGUGGUCCACGCGUGUCCUACCAAACGAUUUGGUCCCAAUUCUGCUCGAAACUGCCGGCAAGGGCCAUUUGGACGAUAAACGGGCCGUGGCCUGCGUCGACCUGAUCACCGCCAUGACCUGGCCGAUUGAUCUUGCGGAGGAGCUGAAGGAAUUGGACGACGAAGCCGACCGCCGUGCAGACUACACCGUACUCGUGCAACGCCACCUACACUACAAGGCCGCGCUUCUCAGGCCCGGCGUGCUGCAAGCCCUGUUCCAAGUCAUGAUCAUGCUCUUGACAAAGGAGAAGAAAGCUCGGGUAGAACGUGACGUUCAGAUCAUGAGCGUCAUCCUACAUCUCAUCCGCAACCUCGCCUUCAUCCGCGACAUACCCCCGAAUAUUCACGCAAGUGUCGAGCAGGCCGAGUUCUCUACUCUCCAGAAUAAGCUCGUCCGUACAUUGUCGGAAACGCACUUCUUCGAUAUGAUUCUCAUGCUUGCUUCGGGCGCUGGAUCGGAUACCAUGUAUAACGGGUGGAACACUCUGAUCCUGGAGAUAUUCUUUCUGCUGUUCCGUGGGAUCAAGCCGGACACACUCGUGCUCGAACAAACUUUGCAAUCGCAACGAAAUCUUCAGCAGCUGUUGAACAUCGAAGAGAAGCGUCGUCGGGACUUCAACCGUGGCGCACCGACUCGGCAUUCUCGGUUUGGCACAACCAUCUCCGUCACGCUCAACCCAAAGAAGCAAGUUCGGCCCCAGGCAGAAGGCGAGGAUGCGCCAGCUCCUGCCGGGGGUCCUUCGCGCAAUCUUGUCAUGCACCGGCAAAGUGCCAUCGGCAAGGACGUCGGCGUCAUGAUUGACAUGGGAAAGAAGGUGAAGAAGUCGAAGACCAAGGCCGAUGAGCUCUUUCGCGAGCAGCAUCUGUCAUUGGAGUCUCGCAAGAUUCUUCAAAGCUUCGCGCAAGGCUUCAUCGAGUCAUGUUUCAAUCCAUUCUUAACCUCUCUCUUGAAAGACAUCAAGUCGGAGCGGCCGAAGAUCACGGAGCGCGACAAUGUCAGACUACUUUUCGUCGCAAAGUGGUUCUUGGAGUUCUUUCUGGCCUGCCGUGCGCGGCAACUCCGGGAGGGUUUGUCGGCUGCCGAUGGUACGCUCUGGGACUUCGGCCUUGUGGGUACAGUUGUAGAGCGUUCCUGGAUUGUAUGGGUGCUUCGGCGUAUGGCCGGUGCUAUAGAGGAGAAGCCAAAGCUAUGGACGGAACUGCAGGCCGGGAUGGAGUGUUUGACCCAGCUACUUGGCCUGAUAGAGACGCUGGCGGGUGAGCGUGCAGACUCCGAGCUGCGUAGUGCGGCCGAACUCUUGCUCGGGCAACUCGUAUACAACGGCCAGGUCCUUGACGCCGCGUUCGACGGAUUGCGCACGUACAAAGAGGGGACCCAGUCACUCGCAUUCUUGAGUGCUGGCGUAAGCUUGGCGUAUUCACUCAUGCACAUGCUCGAGAAGUGGAAAAAGGUGCGCGGGGAUGGAACAUACGUCCGCAAACGCAAGGCCCGUAGGCGCCAACGCGCAAAAGGCGGCGAUGAUGGCGAUGGUGUCCCUGAAUACGAAGAUGUGAACGAGGCCGUUGAGGAGGAAACGGUCGAAGAAAGCAUUUUCACCUUCGAGGCCUUCGAGAUGAAAUUCGCGAACUCGGACGUUACACAUGCUCUUAUCACAUACCUCGCUCGCUACGCCGAGUUUCCGAAUGAUGACUGCAUGAAACGAGUCGUGAGCCUGAUGCACAGGCAGGCCGUCCGCGUGAAAGCGGAGGGCCUGUUCUUUCAGGUCUCAACGCUGGACCUCUUCCAGGAGAUUCUUUCCAAGAAGAAAGCCUUGCCGUCUACGCAACCGUACAAAGAUCUCGUCGCGCUCAUCACAUACAUCUCACGCCAGUUCUUUAAGACCGUUCAAGAAGAUUCGUUCGUACUCGUCGAAGCCUUCUUCCCAACGAACCGCGGUCGUUGGAAAAGGCAUUCGAGCUGGAUGCCCGAGGAGAAGGAGAAGGCCAGCAGUAAGGGUGCCGUCGACAGCCGGUUCCCGCAGGAUGUUAUCGUCAAGAAGGGCUACUCCUGGAGCGAGCAGGUCGCCAUUGCUAUGGCGGCGCUGCAAGAUGCUGACGAAGAGAACCUGAUUGAAUGGACGAAGGAUAUUCUUAGUGUCGUCAUCUCCCAGCGUACCAGGAUCAUUGAGGAGAUCGACGGUCCAAGAGAAGUGCCUCAAGAAGGCGAAGAUCUUGACGACAACGAGCUACGCGCCCGCUUGCUGAAGAAGGGUCCGUCUACCGACGCUGCUGCUCAGAUUACGGACUACCUCAUCCCGUAUAUCAACGAUGACCAGGCGCAAGCUGCGACGCGCAACCCGAACCUCAAACUGCUACUCAGGCUAGUGCACUGCUACAUACAGGAUGAGGACGCGGAUGAGCUGGACUGGUAUAUUCCAGCGGGUAUCUCGGUACCCGAACUUCAAACGGCGCUCAACGUCAUCACCCAAUUCCAGGAGAGCCCUCUUGAUCUCAAAGGUCAAAAGCCCUCCCAGCUCCUGCAGAAGAAGCGGCGACGGCGUGUCCGCGCACCUGCAGCAUCGGACGGCUCGGGUUCAGACAGCGACGCCGAUCUCCGCGCUGCACGUCGGAAGAAGCGCAAGAAAGAAGAGAAGGCAUAUAAGAGUGCCGAAUUUGUUGUUGACUCGGACGACGAUGCGGAUGAUGCGGAGUUCUUCGCGCGAGAGGCCGCACUCCGUGAGCGCACGGCGCGCAUCGCUGAGGAGAGUGGACACGCAAUGGCGAGCGGCACAAUGCGCAAAACCGGGACCAAAAAGCGUAAAGGACGCCCAAUACGCCAGGGUGCGCGCAAGCGUCACCGCGCAGGUGGCGGACUGCUGGACGGUAGUAGCGACGUUGAGGCCGAUCCGGCUGCCGCAGGGGUAGACGAUGAGCCGGUCAGUCUUGCGCCCGACGCGGACGCGAUAUUGAACGACAGCAGUGCUUCCGACGCCGAUUCGGAUAUGGCAGGUGGCACGCAGUCGCCGCCCCAGAAGCGGCCGCAGCCACGACCACGGCCUGUACAGCGCCGCGCGAGAGGCGCGGCCGCCUCCGAGCAAGGAUCAGGUGGAAUUGGCUCUGGCUAUGCCUCGGACGCAGAAGCAGGUGGUGAGGCUGCGGCUUCUGCUGUGUCGCCCAAAGAUGCAACGGUCUCUCCUGAGGGGGUUAAGGGGGGUGUAGACGAGGGCGGGGACGGGGACUCGGACGACGUUGCGCCCGUACGGCGGCGCGUCGUGCGCCGCGCGAUCAUCGACGAUGACGACGACGCAGACGAUUAG